AUGGCCUCCUUAAAUAAUAUGAAAAAAUCUGCUUCGACAUCAUUGACCCUCCCCGCUCGUGCUCCUAAGUCCGUGAACACCAAGGCCAACUUUGAUGUCCGUCUGUUGCCCAUGCAUGAUAUCGUGGCUGCUGCCCCCACCGAGGCUCUUAUCGAGUGGUAUCAUCUUCUGACUUCUGAACUCUAUCAGCGUCAAAGCACUUCCCGACAUCUCCACGACUGGUCCUAUUCCCUCCAGUACGCUCUCGUUGGCCCCUCUGGUGUUGGUAAGACGAAUCUCAGACUUAUGUUUACUGAGAACGUCUUCCGAGUUGCCUCUACCCCUACUACUGGUGUGGAGUUCUCCAAAACUAUAGCUGAUGUUGACAACGAUCGGAUCAAGCUGCAAAUGUGGGAUACCGUGUGGGGCAAGUACACUGCGUCCUAUUGUCACGGUGCUGCCGUUAUUUUCUUCGUCUACGAUAUCAGCAGGCGAGAGUCAUACGAUGAACUGAUCAAAUUCAUACAGGACACUCUACCGGCGCUUGACAGGACCCUAACUAAGGUUUUGAUCGGCAACAAGGCUGAUGUCCUGGGCCGUGAGGUGACCGCUGAGGAAGCCGCAAGAUUCGCUCGUGAGAACGGAUUGUUGUUCAUGGAGACCUCCGCCAAGACCGGUCAACAUGUCCGAGACUGCUUCUUCAACUCUGCGAGGCAGGUCCUCCUGCAGCUCCAAAUGGGUAUGAUUGAUCCUCUUUCCGCCAAGGGAAUUCGUUCCGCUGCUCGCAAUAGUAAUUGUGUGUGUACGGUAACUGAGCGUGGUUGCAACCUGCUGCGUAACUCCGUUGUUAAUAAGGCCGAGGCCUUCACUGAUGGUGAGCGUGAGGAGCUCGGGCUAGUCGGCUUGUUGCCGCCCAAGGUCCUGAACCUUGAUGUACAGUCCAGGAGAUGCUAUCUACAGUUCUCACAAAAUAGCAAUGAUAUUGAAAAGUAUAUAUAUCUGGAGAGUUUACAUGACCGUAACGAAACGCUGUAUUUCAAACUCCUCGUGGAUCAUGUCGCUGAGAUGAUGCCCAUUGUCUACACCCCUGUGGUUGGUAAGGCCUGCCAAAUGUUCGGUCAUAUCUUCCGUAAUGCUCGUGGUCUUUAUUUCAACCUCUCAGAGAAAGGCAACUUCAAGGAGAUGGUUUGGAACAGCAACGUCCGCGAUGCCGAUAUCAUCGUGGUCACUGAUGGUUCUCGUAUUCUGGGUCUUGGGGACCUUGGUACCAACGGUAUGGGCAUUCCCAUUGGUAAACUCUCGUUGUAUGUUGCAUGUGCUGGUAUCCACCCUGGCCGCACUGUGCCGGUUACCCUUGAUGUUGGCACCAACAACCCGGAUCUGCUCGAGGAUGACAUGUACCUUGGUGAGCGUCGUAAGAGAAUCGAUGGUGACGAGUACUAUGCUGUAGUUGAUGAGUUUGUUGAUGCCGUCCGUUCUCGUUGGCCCGGUGUCCUCAUCCAGUUCGAGGACUUCACUAACGAUCAUGCCUUCCCCCUCUUGAAACGGUACCAGGAGAACAUCCUGUGCUUCAACGAUGAUAUUCAGGGAACUGGCUCGGUUGCUCUGGCUGGCCUUGUCAGUGCAAUGAGGGUCAAGAGAGAGAAGCUCGAGAAUCAGAGGAUCGUCUUCCUCGGUGCUGGUGCUGCUGCUGUGGGAAUUGCUGAUUGUAUUGUUGCUGCUAUGGUUCACGAUGGUCUCACCCCUGAGGAUGCCAGAAAGCGUUUCUGGUUCGUUGAUUCCAAGGCUUGGUCACAUGGAAGCGUGNNNNUUUCUCACGGGGGAGCAGACCUAGACGUCCAGCUGGCUGAGCGCCUCGCCAAACGUGCUGACCAUAUCCGACUAACGUCGACAAAGGACCGUCUCACAUUGAGACAGUUGAAGGAGAGUAUCUGUUAUUGCCGACCUGGCUGGCAUGAUACGGAUGACGACUUCGACGAGAAUGGCUACUGUGCUGGUGGGGAGGACUCCCACAUUACUCUGCCAGAUGGCACCACCGUCGACAUGGCGGACGAUAAGUGGAAGGUUCCUGAGUCGCUCUUCCACCCACAUCUGUUGGGUAUAGAAGGGAGCGGUAUAGGGGAUAUGGUGGUCGAGUCUAUCGAGGACUGUCCUAUUGAUGACAAGUUGAAGCUUUACAAGAAGAUUAUGCUCGCCGGUGGAACAUCACAAUUUCCUGGCUUCGCGGAUCGGCUUCGGUCAGAAGUAGAACAUUCAGUGAAGUACUCACGAACUGCAACGUCGGGACGCA